ACUUCAGAGGUAGCAGAAGUAUUUCGUAAAAAGAUGGAGGAUUCAUUAAAAAUUACUGGGGUUGAAAAAUGGUGGAUUGGACUUGAUGACAUUGCAACUGAAGGAUCGUUUGUAUGGUCAAAUGGUGAGCAAUAUGGCCACUACACCAACUGGUCACCAACUAGAAGUGGUUCAGUCUCAGCAAAAGACUGUGUAGCUGCUGGUGCUGAUGGAAAUGCAUAUUGGACUGAAGAAGCUUGCACCGAUGCUUUCACAUUUGUUUGCAUGACAAGUAAGCUGUGUGGUUAUAUUGUUAUCAAAUCUCGUAUAACACCAGAGUGUGUGUAGCAUACGUGUGUGUAAUGGGUAUGUGUGCGUUUACAUACACAUGUUUUAAUAAGAAUUAAUUGAGUUGACAUUUUAGCUCA